AUGUCUGCGUACGAUCCAUCACCAGCUUUCCACCAUGCAGCGAAAUAUCUAUCCAAUGCUCCAGCCCUGACGCCAGUCUCGAACGCGAUCAAUGCAGCCAGAAUCUCUGACGGCCUUGUCCGCUGGGCAUCCCGUCCACAACAGCUCUACGGACUCUUCAAGUUUCUGACUGUUUCGCACUCUCCAAACACCUCUCGUCCCUCGAUCUUCGACUUCACUGGGAGAGCGAAGUGGGAUGCAUGGAACGCAGCAGGGCAAAAAUACGGCGACCGCGGCGUCGACGCAGAAUGCCGCUAUCUGGAUAUAGCAUCAGGGCUGGGAUGGGCGGAGGACAUGUCACUCGAAGAUUUCGAAGACCAGGAAGACGACGAUGACGAUAUAUGGGACAAACCCUCUGAUGCCUCCAAUACACUCAAGAGCGGCGAGGACGGAAUUGGCAACGUCGUGAGCACCAUGAUGCACGACGAAGACGAUGGAAGCAAAAGCCGGAUAAUCAACCUCGUGGUGGACGGGGAUGUACAAGGGGUCGUCUCAUAUCUCGACGGGCAUCCGGACAUGGACGUCAACGAAGUCGACGAAAAUGGAUACACCCCGCUGCACCUAGCGUGCGACAGGGGGAACGCGGAGAUGGUAAAGCUCCUGCUCAGCCGAGGAGCGGACAUGAACAUGAAGGACGCCGACGAACUGACCGCACUAGAAUUGGCGGAGAUCUCUGGUCACGACGAUAUUGUUACAGUCCUGAAGUCCACGAAGAUUAAGCCGGACUGA